AUGCAUUUAUUUCUUCGUGUGAUCAUAAUUUCGUUGCUAUGGCCCAUCAGCAUAGUGGCAGCAUCAUCGUCAGAUAAAGUUACACCAGUAUUAAAGUCUGACUGCGAAUCUCAUUGCGGAAAUGUUAGCAUCCCAUACCCUUUUGGGAUUGGACCUAGCAUCAGUUGUUACUUGUACGAUUGGUUUGAAAUAGAGUGCAAGAACUCUAACAGCGGUCCCAAGCCUUUCUUGAAGAACACCACGAUAGAGGUGCUGGAUAUUUCAGUUGAAGGCACGCUUCGAGUUGAGCAUCCUGUUAGGUUCUUCAACAGAACAAUGGUUCCCCAAUUGCCAAAUUUUACAGGAAGCCCUUUCUUGUACUCUCAGGAACACAAUCAAUUCACUGCAGUCAGUUGUGGCUUGUUUGCCUUUGUAAAGUCAUACCCGGACCAGCGUAUUGCGCUUCCCGGGAAUCUCAGUGUGAUUGAUGCCGAUAUAAAACCUGAAUCCGAAGAAAGCACUAUCAAUGGAAAGGGAGGAGUAUCGGCUCAUAAUUACGCAUUCCUUGUCCAGCAAGACUGGUUUUAUCAUUAUUUAUCAAAUUUUAGAGACGUCAAGGAUAUGGACAGCGUUCCAGUGGUGUUAGAAUGGAGCCUAAGCUUGGAUGACAUGACAAGUUCAUUGGUCAAAUUAUACAAGGAGUUCGUCCCAGAAUUCGAUCUCCUUCUAAACGGAUCUCCCCAAAUUCGAAAGUUUGAUUCCACACCCUUUUGCAUAACACAUAUCACUUCUUAUGCAUACAAUCAGUCAAAAAUUAUAUGUUUUUGUCCGGGUGGGUUUGAAGGGAAUCCCUAUCUUCUCCAACCUUGUCAAGAUAUAGAUGAAUGCAAUGGUUCUGAUCCGUGUCCUGGUAUUGGUGCAUGGAGUUUGGGUGGCCGUGUUAUAUGCAAGAAUACUUUUGGGGGUCAUACGUGCUAUUCAAAUACAAAUGGCUUUGUAUGCGAUUAUUAUGGUACAGAAGGUCUUGUAACGAGUCUCGGAAUACUGCCAAUAGUUGUUGGUUCAUGGUACGUAUACAAAGUAAUAAAGAAAAGGAGAAAAAACAAACGGAAGGAAAUGUUUUUCAAACGUAAUGGUGGUUUGUUGUUGGAAAAAAAAUUAUCAUCAGGUGAAAAAUUUAAGGUUGAAAAGAUCAAGCUGUUCAAAUCGAAGGAGUUAGAGAAGUCCACUGAUAAUUUUAACAUUAAUCGAAUUCUUGGCCAUGGAGGUCAAGGUACUGUUUACAAAGGAAUGUUGACAAAUGGAAGAAUCGUUGCUGUAAAAAAGUCCGAAGUAGUGGGCGAAGGCAAACUUUCAGAAUUCAUCAACGAGGUUGUACUUCUUUCACAAAUUAACCACAGAAAUGUGGUUAAACUAUUGGGAUGUUGUUUAGAGACUGAAGUUCCUAUUUUGGUUUAUGAAUUCAUACCUAAUGGAACCCUUUCUCAGUAUAUCCAAGGGAAUGUUGAGGAUUGUCAGUUUCCAUGGAAAAUGCGCUUACGAGUUGCAACAGAGGUUGCAGGAGCCCUUUCCUACUUACAUAGUGCAGCUUCCUUUCCCAUUUUCCAUAGAGACAUCAAAUCUUCCAACAUACUCUUGGAUGAAAAAUGCAGAGCGAAAGUUGCCGAUUUUGGAACGUCACGAUCAAUUUCCAUUGACCAUACUCAUUUGACAACACUUGUUAAUGGUACGUUUGGUUACUUGGACCCGGAAUACUUCCAAUCAAACCGAUUUACGGAGAAAAGUGAUGUGUAUAGCUUUGGAGUUGUUCUUGCUGAGCUAUUGACUGGUAGAAAACCAGUUUGUUCAAUAUCCAGGUCACAACGAGAAGAGGACAACAUAAGUCUCGCCACACAUUUCAUUACCUUGAUGCACGAAGAUCGUUUACUUGACAUUGUUGAUGCUCGAAUAAUGAAGGACGGCUCUGAAACAGAGAUCAGAGUCGUUGCUAAUCUUGCGAGCAGAUGCUUAAAUUUGAAUGGGAGGAAUCGUCCUACAAUGAGAGAGGUCACAACCGAAUUGGAGGCUAUCAAGGUUCCAUGUACUGUUUUACAAUCAUCUCAAGCUGCUAACACAAUGCCUAAGAUAUUUCAGACAUAAAGAUUUUCAUAUAAAUAAAGCACCUCACCAAAACAAUAACUGAGGUUGUGGUAUUUGAAUCAAGUAGGCAGAUGCUUUG